AGAGUGCACUAAAUGAGCUUUCUCAUGAUUAGGAAUCUGAACCUACUAUUCUUUAAAAACAAAAAAUAGAAGAAACCUUCUAUUCAAGUGAUACACCACAAGAGGUCAAGAACCCCGAAACCCAGAAAGUUUAUAUCGUUGUAACAAUAAAAUAUUGUAGUUAGGUUAUAAAAGGGUUGACAUAGUCCAAAUGAGGAAGAAAAGAAGUUCACGAAAACCAAUAAGAUUGGAGCUCCAAAAUGGAGGACGCUGGAAGUUACUUUGACGUGUAAAAUAUACUAGGAAUGAAGACCUAGUCGAACAUUGGUACAGUAGCCCCUUUUGUCCUAUAAAUACAUAGAGCUUGUUAACUUCCUAUAAUAUCUCACAAUAAAGUAUCCACAUAAUAUCUUUCAAAGUUACAAUCAAAGUAUCUUCUCAAGUAUCCAUAAAUUGCUUUCUGAUAGAUGCAAAUGGAGAGCCCAAAAUCACCUCUUCAACCCCCAACCUAUGGAAAUUUAGUCACAAUCCUUAGCAUAGAUGGUGGUGGCAUUAGAGGGAUUAUUCCUGCCACUAUCCUUGCUUUUUUGGAAUCGGAACUUCAGAAACUGGACGGAAACGAAGCAAGGCUUGCAGACUACUUUGAUGUUGUGGCAGGAACAAGCACCGGUGGUCUGGUUACAGCCAUGCUAACUGCUCCUAAUAAGGAAGGCCGACCCUUGUUUGCAGCCUCUGAGAUUAAAGAGUUUUACCUUGAGCACUGCCCAAAAAUCUUUCCUCAAAAUCAUUUCCCAUUCUCUGCCACCAAGAACUUGGUGAAGUCCUUGACUGGUCCCAAGUAUGAUGGUGAAUACCUUCAUCAACUUAUCCAUGCCAAGUUGGGUGAUACAAGGUUGCAUCAAACACUUACUAACGUUGUCAUUCCAACCUUCGAUAUCAAGCAUCUUCAACCUACUAUAUUUAGUAGUUACGAGGUGAAGAAAAAUCCUCUCAAGAACGCAACCCUCGCUGACAUAACAAUCUCAACUUCAGCAGCCCCUACAUACUUGCCUGCCCAUUUCUUCAAAACUCAUGAUUCAGCCGGAAACGUGAAAGAAUACAAUCUUAUUGACGGGGGAGUUGCAGCUAACAAUCCGGCUUUGGUGGCCAUUGGGGAAGUGACAAAAGAGAUAACAAGAGGGAGCAGUGACUUUUUCCCUAUAAGACCAAAUGACUACGGAAGGUUUCUUGUGCUUUCUCUUGGAACUGGAACUCGUAAAUCAGAAGAGAAAUUCAAUGCAAAUGAAGUAGCUGGAUGGGGAAUGUUGAGUUGGUUAACACACGACAACUCUACACCUCUCAUUGAUGCUUUCAUGCAAGCGAGUUCCGAUAUGGUUGAUUUUCAUCUCUCUGCUGUUUUUCGAGCUCUUCACUCUGAAGCCAACUAUAUUCGAAUCCAGGAUGAUACAUUAAAUGGGGAUGCUGCUUCUGUUGAUAUUUCUACCGUUGAGAAUCUCGACAUUCUCGCCAAGACAGGAGAUGAACUUCUCAAGAAACCUGUUUCAAGAGUCAAUCUUGAGUCGGGAUGUAACGAAAAUGCUUAUGAAGUGACGAAUGAAAAGGCCCUUAUAAAGUUAGCAGGAAUACUAUCAAAAGAAAAGAUGAUCCGAGAUUCGCGAUCUCCUCAUGAAAAAAAGCCAAAUAGCAAAUAAAAGAUCAUUAGUUUAUCCUUUCUCUAGUUUUUGUUGUUAAUGUUUAUUUUUCUUUUCUGUUAAAUAGCAAAUAAAAGAUCAUUAGUUUAUC